AUGAAGAAUACUACACAGCUUCUACAAUGGCUGCUGGUGGUUCUGUAUCUGGUGGGGGUGAUUACUACAAGUAGAAGCACUGAAGCUAAAGAAGUUGUAACAAUUGUGAACGCAUUGGGUCCUGAUUUGGUGCUGACAGUUCAUUGCAAAUCCAAAGACGAUGAUUUGGGGAUUCAUAAUAUCCCCUACAAGGAUGGCAAUUACAGUUUCACAUUUAAACCAAACAUUUGGGGUACAACACAGUACUGGUGCAAUUUCCUCUGGAUAGGCGGUAAUCACUAUUUUGAUAUUUAUAUCGACAUGAGGGAUUACCCAAUUUGCAACAAUGUUUGUUCAUGGCAAAUUUAUCCCAAUGGUCCUUGUUUGUACAACCGCUCUACACAGAAAUUCGAUCUUUGCCAUGGCUGGAACCCACCCAAGUAA